GUGAACUCCUGGAGCGGCUCCAUCGAAGUGGGGGUCACAGCCUUGGACCCCUGGGCCUUGGACUUCCCCAGCAGCGCCACGGGCUUACGGGGGGGCUCCUGGGUGGUUUCGGGGUGCUCGGUGCUGCGCGACGGCCGCUCCUUGCGCGACGACUUCGGUCCCGAUCUGGAUGCUCUGGGUGAAGGGGAUCGGGUCGGGGUGGAGGCGACGGCCGGGGGGGAGCUGCACUUGUGGGUCAACGGGAGGGAUUAUGGGGCGGCCGCUGUGGGGCUGCCCCCCAAGGUGUGGGCGGUGGUGGAUCUGUACGGGAAGUGCACGGAGGUGAGCGUGGUGGGGGGGGAGGAAGGGGAGGAGCUAAGGGGGGGGGGUACGCCCAUCGAGAAGGACACGCCCAUCGAUAAGGACACGCCCAUUGAUAAGGACACGCCCAUUGAGGGGAAGGACACGCCCAUUGAGGGGAAGGACACGCCCAUUGAUAAGGACACGCCCACCGAGGGGGAGGACGAGGCCAUUGGUGCUGGUGGAGGAGGGGGAGUGGCGAUGAGGGAGGCUCCCCCCCGGGCCCAGCCCCGUCCGGACAAGUUCCCCGACAGCCUGGACCCACCAGGGGCUACCCCGCCCCCUUCGUCCGCGCCGACCAAUGAGGCGCUGCUGUUCCAUGAGAAGUGUGGGGCCCUCAUCAAGCUCAGCAACGGGCACAAGACCGCCGAGCGGCGCCGGCCCCUCGAUGAGUUCAACAAUGGGGUGGUGUUGACCAACCGGCCCCUACGGGAUGGGGAGAUGUUCGAGAUCCGCAUUGACAAGCUGGUGGACAAGUGGUCGGGCUCCAUCGAGAUGGGGGUCACAGCCCAUAACCCCAACAGCCUCGAGUACCCGGCCACCAUGACCAACCUGCGCUCCGGCACCAUCAUGAUGAGCGGCUGUGGGAUCCUCACCAAUGGGAAGGGGACGCGCCGGGAAUACUGCGAGUUCAGCCUGGAUGAGCUGCAGGAAGGGGACCACAUCGGCCUCACGCGGAAGCCCAACAACGCCCUACACUUCUACAUCAACGGCAUCGACCAAGGGGUGGCGACGGCGGUGACCCCCCCGGUGCUCUACGGCGUGGUGGAUCUCUACGGCAUGGCCGUCAAGGUCACCAUCGUCCACAACCACAACCCCAACGACCGCCUCCGCCGCAACAACGCCCUCCUGCGGGCCCUUUCCCCUCCCCCUCCUCCUCCCCUCCCCCCUUACCCCUCGUCCAUGGCACCCAACGGCCCCCACCACCACCCCCGGGCGCCCGCCCCACCGGGACCUCCCCCCCCGCCCCAGCGCCUCCUCUUCCACCCCAACUGCGGGCAGAAAGCGGCCGUGGUCAACGAGGGCCGGACGGCGCUGAGGCCGCACGCCACGGACGACUUCAACCACGGCGUGGUGCUGAGCGCGCGGGCGCUGCGGGACAACGAGCUCUUCCAGGUGCGCCUCGACCGCAUGGUGGACAAAUGGGCGGGCUCCAUCGAGAUCGGCGUCACCACGCACAGCCCCGCCCACCUCCAGCUGCCCUCCACCAUGACCAACCUGCGCUCCG